GCGGGAGAACAAUUUACUGAUAAUUCGACAUUUCUUAUCGACAAAGCUUAAGCAACGACGGAUGUCUCCGCUUAAGUCAAGCUGUUCAGUGUAUUCCAGUGUGCGAUUGGAGCACAACUUGAGCUGGGCAUUGAAUAAAAGCUAUCGUUGAUGUAUGAUGUGGUCAGUUCUAUUCGCUGUAUUUCUAUGUGCCUGUCUGGGAUCGACGGAGGCGCAGAUAGCCAACGAGGAACAUUUGUCGGAGCUGCAGAUUAAAGAGCUGAUUGAUCUGGCGAAACGACUGGAGACAUCCAUCAAUCCCGAGAAAUAUGCCUGUGAUAGUUACUAUGACUACGUCUGCAGUCGCAAUCGACCUCUCUUCUCUGUAAUGGGUCACAAUCCACAAAUGCAGGAUCUUAUAGAGCUGCUAACUCAACUGGAGAAUGAUGCGGAAAAAUUUGAGGCAAAGCAAAAGCUAAUUGAUUUUUUCAUUUCGUGCAACACAUUGAAGUCUCUUCAGGAUUGUUAUCGCGAGACCUUUGAGUAUUUCAAGCCCUUGUUCGGCUAUAUUAUAACCAAAGAUGUAGUCGAGGACACCUCCCAAGAGUUGAAAGACUUUCGGUUCAUAAUCGAACGAUUCCUUAAUAGAACCGAAUCCAUUCGGAGGUUACAUCCUCAUCCAAUGUGGAACAAGCUGAAAUCCUACAGGCAGAAGUUUAGUACUCCAAGCACCUAUUUCUAUGCGGGGGAUCUCAAUAGAGAGUAUGCUGGCCUACGCAUCUAUCGGGAGAGUUAUGAGCACAAUGUGCGAAAUCUGGAGCAGCAUCGCAAGCGAAAUUCCACCUACGAGCUCGGAGUGCAGCAAGUGAUGCUCGAUUGGAGCUUGUAUCUCUAUCAGAGUCGGAACAAACCCAUGUCCUACUACUAUUCCACUUUCAUGGUGCACUUGUAUAUGUCCAUGUCUAAUUUUACCGAGAGGCAUCGUGAUUUUACCCGUUUCCGGGAAGAGGUUGAGUGUCUCAAGUUGCCGCAGUACGUGAAUGUUCUCGACGAAGCACGAAUGCUGGCGGUGAUCUAUCUGAAGAGUUUCCGGCUAGCCUGGAGGGAUUACAAGGACUUGACUAAUUUGGAUCCGAAGAAAAGGCAGAUCGAUGACGAGGAGAAUACGAUUCUCGCUCCCUAUCACCUCAACAAUCAGCGUCUCUUUUUCACGUUUUACGCGCAAAAUUUUUGUGAGUUUGGCAAAGAACUCGCCGAACAUGUCUUUUAUUUGGGACUCAAGGAAAGCGUGGACUUUUUCAACAUUUACUCAUGUGGCUAUCAAAGAGAAACUGACAUGAGUUGUAUUUAAUCGACUUGUUUCACUUUAAUACUAGAAAAUCAUUCUAUUUUCUCAAUAGAUUUGCAAUUUUAUUUAAA